CCGGCGAAAAGCUCGCCUUUGUACGCAUCUUUCACCCGGGAAAGCCUAGCUACACGCGCGCCCCGGCCGCCACUACCGUCGCCAGAGGUUCGCCACCGCACCAUGGCUCUGCUUCCGGGAAGCUUCUUCUUCGGUCCAUAGAUAUCUUCCAGCCUGCCAUGCAUCCGCCGGCCACCACCACGUACGCCGGCGCGCCUCCCGAUGCAUUUACGCCGGGCACUCCCUAGCUAUGCCCAUCUCCAGCUCCAUCAUCGUCAUCAUCAUCUCCAUGAUCUCCAUGCACGCACAGCUUUGCCGCUUUCUGACAAAAUUCCCCGCCCUUUUUGUCGAGGGGCGCUGAAAGAGAGGAGGACGCGGGAGGAAAGCUCGAAAGCCCCGGGUGGGUGGGCGUGCCCGAGCCGAAUCUUGGCAUUUCUAGGGAUUCUGAUGCCGCCGCUUUACGGUCUUUUGCUCUUGCCGGCCGAGAGGAGCGUGUCCUUGACGAGACCGACCCGCCACCACCCUCCCUCCUCUUCCCCUUCCCUGUGGCCUGUGGGGGUGAAAGAGGGGAGAGAAGCUUCGGCGCUGCUUCCUCUGCUCAUUGCCGCCGCUAUUUAUAGCCGACGUAUUACGUAGUCACACUCACUAGUCACUGCAGAGCCAGCUCACUGACCUACGCCGGCCACCUCAGGUGAACCUAGUGAAGUGAGUGUGCAUUGCAGCGGUACGAAUUCGGGAUGGAUUUGAAGAGGGUGUUGGACGUGGUGGAGGAGGAGGUGGUGGACGGCGACGAGGAGGAGCUCGCCUCCCCAGACGCCAAGCGCCGCAGAACGCUUCUCCAUAGCAGCUCGAUGCAGGAGGCCAUUGGCGCGCAGUAUAUGCAGAAACAUCUGCCCAAGCUCGAACCGUUUCUGCGCAGAGUUGUGCAAGAAGAGGUGCACAAUGUCCUUAUCCGACACAUUGAUUCGGCAAACAGGCUUCCCCUGCAACUGAAGACCAACAGUAAAAGAUACAAGCUGCAGUUCCAGGGCAACCUGCCUCAGACCCUUUUCACCGGCAACAGGGUGGAAGCAGAGAACAAGCAGCCACUUCGAAUCUUUCUCACCGACGCCGCCAGCAACCAGCCGAUCACCUCCGGCCCCUUGUCCUCCAUGAAGGUCGAGCUCCUUGUCCUCGACGGCGAUUUCAACGCCGACGAGCGCCUUGAGCACACCGAGAAGGAGUUCAGCGAAAGCAUAGUCUUCGAGAGGGAAGGCAAGAGGCCGCUGCUGUCCGGUGAGGUGAUCAUUGUGCUUGAGAAAGGUGUUGCGUCUGUCCGCGACAUCUCCUUCACGGAUAACUCCAGCUGGAUAAGGAGCAGGAAGUUCAGGCUCGGCGCUAGGAUGUCUCGGGCGAGCUCCAUCGAGGAGCGAGUGCAGGAGGCUGUGAGCAACCCUUUCCUGGUGAAAGAUCACCGUGGUGAAGUUUACAAGAAGCAUCACCCUCCUGCGUUAGCUGACGAUGUGUGGCGUCUGGAGAAGAUUGGGAAAGACGGUGUUUUUCACAAAAAGCUCGCUGACUAUGGAAUUCACACCGUUCAAGACUUCCUCAGGAACUUAGUCAUGGAUCAAUAUGGACUCCGCGGGUUACUCGGCAGUGGAAUGUCGAACAAAAUGUGGGAGUCGACCGUGGAGCAUGCCCGGGAAUGCGUCCUGGACGACAAGCUCUACUCCUACUGCAGCGGGCACGGAAUCAUUCUGCUGUUCAACUGCAUCCAUGAGAUCAUUGGGGUCGUAGUCGGGAGUCACUGCUUCUCCUUGAACGCUCUCAACGAAACGCAGAAGGCACUGGUGGUGAAGCUGCAGCAGGACGCUUACAAGUUCCCGAACCGCAUCGUGGAGUUCAAGGUGCAAUCCCAGUCUGCCGAGAAGUCGCCGACAGCGCAGGCCCCGCCGAUGCCAGGUCCAGCGAUCACACAGAACCCCGGCCUUCCUCAAGGUGUUCAUUGCUUACCAUCCAUCAGGGGAGCCAAACCCGCGGUAUCAUGGCCUGCUGAAACCACUGCCACUGAACGAGACCCUGGAGGAUGUUCUGCAGGCAACGACGGGCGCCAGCCACCACCAUCACCAACAUAGCGAGCCCUGGAUCACGAACAGCUUCGACGCCAGGGACCCAUUCGACAUGCUGCAGUUCAGUAGCUCGUCUCAGCCGUGCGGUAUGCUGCUCUCCAGCACCGGGGCUAGGUUGUGAUUGAUGGCAUCACGAGCUUUGACUGCUUCAGGCUGAUCUGAGCUCGGCUAACUGUCUGCUAACACUCACAGGUCGUUAUUUGUUUAGGGGGCGUGCGUGCAGAGAAGGAAAUAAGUAGGUAGCGUACUAGGAUUGGCAGGAAGUGAGAUCGUGUAUUUCGUUUUUGUUUUGUGACCUCUGAUAUUACUCUGGAGUUUCCUAAUGCUAUAGGAUCAGGAAGCUCCUGUGUGCAAAAUGUGCUUUUGUUCCGCACUAGUGCUUUCUGCUUAGACCUGUAAUCUUUCUCUGCUCACACAGGACAGUGAAAAGAAAUAAACCUGCGAUCUUUCUCUCCUCA